CGAACAUCAUUGACCAUGCCAAAAAUCUAUUGUCUGUUUGGAACUGUUGAAUGAUUUUUAUUCUAAUAUUAAAAUAGAUAUUCAAAUUCAAAACUAGAUAAUUUAGUACCAACCAAACGUCAACUAGUAUUUAAUUAUGAUUCUCCUAAUGAAUAAUUUAAAAAACCUAGCAGCAGGCUUACUUAGAAACAGUAAGCAAUUUUCUACUUCCUCAAUCUCACUAAAAGCAAUGUCGUGCGUUCAAGUGCCUACAGAAGGCGAACCUCGAAAAAUCAAAUGGUACCCUUAUCCAGUCCACGAUUCCAGAAGAUGUAAUUUUCCAAGAGCUAAAGAAACGAAAAGAAUAGUUACGCAUGGAUUUGAAAAAAGGAUGUCAACUCCGAAUGGUAGAGCGAUACUAAUGAGACGUAUACUGAAAGGUCGUCAUGUUUUAUCACAUUAAUAUAUUAGGUAUUUACAUGUACCUACCCAUAUAGAAAUGAAUUUAAAUAAAUUAUUUAAAAAUUUGAAAAAAGAAAAAUAUAUAAUUAUUUUCAAAAUUCCUCAAAGAAAAAUUUAAAGGUAUUACUCACAAUCUUCGGAGGAAAUAGUAACAAAUAGAAAAAUAUUUUUCUCAAAUAUAGGUUAGUAUUUGAAGUUCACACAAUAUUUAAAAAAAUGCAGUACAAUAAUAUAAUUAUAAUAGUAUAGAAACUUAUAACGCAAUAUGAUACAAUAAUAUAAUAUGUAAUAGUAUAAAUAUAUAAUUAUGUAUAUAACAGUAUAAAUACAGAAAUAAAUACAGAACUGGGCAUGUUAAUUGUA